CCAUUUCUUCGCGGGACGUUAUGCAAGACGGUUCACUGUUUCGUGUCCGUUCCGGGGCUUCAGUUUGAACUUGUGUGUGUGUGUGUGUAGUUUUUUUUUUUGGCUUUUCUGGAUCGCUUCACUCUCGGUUCCGCUUCACAUUGACUUUGAAAUUUUCAAAGGCCACACCAACAAACGGCGCGCGCCCACCCAGAUGCGCCUCUGUGUUGUGCAUCGAUGGUGCUGUACGUGUUACCUGUACGUGUGCACUUCCCGUGUCACUAAUCUGUGUCUGUUAGUUGUUAGGUAACGCUUGUAAUAGCAGUAAUUGAGUGGCUGAGUGACAACACACCGGCAACAAGGAAUCUGGCGCUGAUUCUGGCGGAGAUUCUCUCAAGGCAGUGUUAGCUGAUCGGUGUCCGGCAGAGCCUCGCGCAACAUCAUGGGCUUUUUGCAGGACUUGCAACUGAAGGGUUCGGACCCAAGGGUCGCCACCUGUCGCGGCAAGCUGCAGAGCAAGCGGUGCAAGCUGAACCAGGAAAUCAACAAGGAGCUCCGGUUGCGGGCCGGUGCCGAAAACCUUUACAAGGCCACCACGAACAAGAAGCUCAAGGACACGGUCGCACUCGAGCUGAGCUUCGUCAACUCGAACCUGCAGCUGCUGAAGGAGCAGCUGUCCGAGCUGAACUCCUCCGUCGAGAUCUACCAAAGUGAAGGCCUCGACUACGUUAUACCGAUGAUACCGCUCGGGCUGAAGGAAACGAAGGAGGUCAACUUUAUGGAACCGUUCUCGGACUUUAUUCUGGAGCACUACAGCGAGCCGUCGCACAUCUACGAGGACGCGAUCGCCGACAUUACCGACACGAGACAGGCCGCCAAAACGCCGACCCGCGAUGCGCAGGGCGUUUCGCUGCUGUUCCGCUACUACAACCUGCUGUACUACGUCGAGCGGCGCUUCUUCCCGCCCGAUCGCAGCCUGGGCGUGUACUUCGAAUGGUACGACUCACUCACAGGCGUGCCCUCCUGCCAGCGGACGGUGGCGUUCGAGAAGGCGUGCAUACUGUUCAACCUGGCCGCCAUCUACACCCAGAUCGGGGCGCGGCAGGACCGCUCGUCCGAGAAGGGGCUGGACGCGGCCGUCGACAACUUGCUGCGGGCGGCGGGCGUCUUCCGCCACAUCUUCGACACGUUCACAAACGCGCCGUCGAUGGAUCUGAAGCCGCAGGUGCUGGAGGUGCUGGUGGCGCUGAUGCUGGCCCAAGCGCGCGAGUGUCUGUUCGAGAAGCUGCUGCUGCAGGUGGAAAAUUUGCCACCGGGGCGGGACUGUGUACAGAACCAUCGUGACCUGUCCGGGGAAGCGACCCAGCUGGCGCUGGAGUACCGCGAGAUACAUCAGAUCAUUCACAGCAACGAUGCCCACACGUACCUGCCAGAAUGUUGGGCCGGGCUGGUACCGCUCAAGUCAGAAUACUACAAAGCACUAGCACACUAUCAUGCGGCCAAAACGAAAGUGAGCGGCCCGGGCGGCACCAGCAGCACGGCCGAGGACGCAACCGCCACCAACCGGUGCAACAAGCAGCAGCAACAGCAGCGGUACGGCCGCGGGCUCGAGCCGAAGGACACGUUCAUCUUCGACGAAACGUCGUUCGAGUCCGACCUGGAUCCGGUGACGCUCCGGCGGGCGCACCUGCGCGAAUCACUCUCUAGUCACGAGGAAGCGCAGCGCCUGCAGCGCAUGUGCCGCGAGCUGAAGAACAAGGUCGCCCUGUCGAAGGUGCUCAACUACGCGCACGAGCGCACCGCCGAGGAGCUGGAGGAGCUCGAGCUCGACCGGACCGGCACGGUCGGUUCGCGGUCGCACCUGUCCGCGCUGGACGAGCCGGACUUGGACCAGCUGGACGUGACGCUGAACGCCACGAGCAAGUUCACCAUUUCGCUGACCGGGCCGGACUUCACCAUGCACCGGUGCGACGACCCGUUCCGGAAGCUCGGCCCGAUCGCGAUCUUCUCCGCCCGGCGCCACUGGACGGCGCCGCGCAGCGUCCGGCUGCAGAAGGGCGGCCCGUCGUUCCUGCUCGGCGGCGGCACGCUCGAUCGCCGCCAGUCACCGUACGGGGGCGGUGCCGGCGGCAGCAGCAGCAGCGGGGGCAACAGUAGCAGCAGCCACAGCAGCAGCAGCAACAACCGCCGCCAGCAGUCGCGGUCCGGCGGGCGGUGCUGCGGCGAGUGCGCCAACAAGACGAACUACUACAAUGACAGCCGGGCGUGCGAGGUGUGCCUGAAGGAUGUGUGCAACGUGUCGGAGCGCGAGUUCCGCGAGCUGAAGCUGCAGGACGGUGGUGGUGGUGGUGGUGGGGAGCAGCAGCAGCAGCAGCUGCAUGGCACGGACGGCACAGGGGCCGAGGACGGCAGGGGCGACAUUAGCAGCUUCGGGUUCAAUAUACGGGGCGACGCGCCGGUCAUGAUAUCGACGGUGGAAAUCAACUCCCUGGCGGAUCUCGGUGGCAUUAAGGAGGGCGAC